AUGUAAGAAUAAGAAUUUCUUAAAAAUGAGAACAACCCUUUCCUUUUCAAAUAACAAAAAUAAAUUUCUCGUACUGUCCUUCAGUCCCUAGUCCAUGAGUAUCAUAUUCUCAUUAAAGGACUCACUAACCAAGAAUAUUAAGAUUAUUGCAAUGUUAAGGGAGCCUGCGGUUAGACUAUUCCUCUAAUCUUAAUCCUUCCUAUUGGUUUGACUAUAGGUACCUUUUAGUUAGUUUUGCUGUUUUUUAAAAAUAUUCAAGAAGGUCCGGUAAUACCAGCAGUGAUUUAAUUCAUUUUAUUGCAAACUGCACAAACCUUAAUAAUGUACAUGAUUCUUAAAGCUUGCGAAGUUAUUCCAAAAAAAAUCGAGAAUCCUUUAUUAUUUGGAAAGAUAACAUCUUAUAUAUUCAUGUGCUUAAGCAUUGCAGAGGGAACAUUAAUAAUUGAAAGAAUUUCAAACUUCAACUAAUUUUCAUAAUCUUAGUUUUGGUCAAUUUUUGGAUUAAUAAUUUGGCAAAAGGUAAUACAAUUAUUUAUUUACGAUUGCAAACUGAGAAUUGGAAUAGUGAUAUUUUUGUACAUCUAUUAUGUAUUUAGAUUAGAUUGUGAUCUAUUCAACAAAGAUAUAGUCAAAGUCAUCGCAUAUAUAUGUUUGGAAAUAAUCUUCAUUAUAGAUGCUGAAUUAAAAAACUACUCUCAAUAUUAAUUCGAAAAUAACAUGUAAUUUAGAAACAACAAAGAGGAUAUUCAGUUUAUGAUUCCGCAAGUGUAGAUGUAGACUCAAUAAUAGAUUCUAGAAAUCAUUACUAAUUAAUUUCCUGUUAUUAUAUUUGAUCAGACUAAAGAGUUACUACAUAUUUCAGGAGUUGGAUUAAAAUAACUUUAAAUGGAAGAUGAUUCCAAUAAAAUUGACUUGAUCUCAGCAGAAAUUAAAUUAAGAAAAAUGGAAGUUAUACAAUUAAUCUCAAACAAUGAAAAAUUAAAACACAAUUUAGUUUAAUUAAAGAGGAUGGCUAAAUUUGGAUCUACUUGUGGAACUAAUGAAAAAGGAGAGUUAUUACAUUCUCUUAUAAAUGGACCAGCACUCCAGAUAAUUACGUAUUCUAAGGGUAACCUCAAGAGAAUCACAGAAUUAUUCAUUAUAAUCCAGAUGGUGUUUUAGAGUAAUUACUUAAUAAUUUAAUAAAUGAUUAAUAGUCAGAAUACAAAGGGAAUAUCUAAAUUUCAAUCUACCUAAAAAUCCAAUUCCAGAUACUUUUAAUUUACUUUAAUUUAAAAGUACCCAAAGGGAGACACUUUUUAAAUAAUUCUUGAUUUUAGAAGAACAUUACUUAAAUCUAUUUAAGAUUUUAAUUUUGAAUUUAGAAGAACGGAAGAAGAAGAUCUACCAAUUAUGUGUUAAGAAUUUAGACAAAUGUUGUUUUGUUAAUAAACUGUUUAGGUUCCUUUAAAAUUGCUCAAUGUUGAAAUAAAAAAUACUCUCAAGUAUUCUAAAUAGUAAUACUUAUAAGAGGAGUUACUUAAUGUAAACAAUUUAGUUAACUAAUUACAAAAUAAGUAUCAAAAUCAAACAAAUCCUAAUAUUAAAUUACAAUUUUAAAUUAAUUUAAAAUAAAAUACAGGAGAAUUCAAAACUGAUUAAUUGAGGUUGAUGUAAAUAAUGUAGAUACUAUUGGAAAAUAGUAUAAAUAACACAAAGGAAGGAUUCAUUAAGAUUGUAAUCGAGGAUGAUAAGAGAUAGAAUUGUAUCUAAAUAUCUGUUGAAGAUACCGGUAAAGGAAUAAAUUAGGAAAUUAUUUAAGAAGGAUUUAACAUGAAUUAAAUUAGAUCUUUACAUAUUGUUAACUAUUUAACUAAAAUUUUGGGUCCUUAAUUUUAUUGCAAAAAAAUUACUGGUCAAGUUGCAAAUAAAGGCAUUAGAAUUAAGUCAUUAUAGGAUUGUGGUACAUCAAUAUCUUUUUCAAUCAGAAAUUUAGGUUUAGAUGAAUUCUCUACUUAAUUUAUUAUAGAUGACGAAGUGUCUCAGGAUGAAAUGGAUGUUGAUGUAGAUGAAGAUGAAAUUAUGGAGAGAUACAUUAGAGAUGACGAUCAAAUCUAAUACCUAUAAAGAUUUAAUAAAGGAUUACGAUCAUUCAUAAUAAACAGACAAUAAAUUCAAAAGAUUGCAAAACCACUAGAUAUUAAUACUAACAAAAAAUAAACAAAAUUGGUUGGCAUGAUGAAACUUUAAGAAUUAGGAAGAUUCAAAAAUGUUUAGUAAUAGAAUGGGUAUUGUUAAUGCAAUAACAAGUUAAUUAUUAAUUCAAAUUAAGAUUUCGAAAGAGUCAUCAAACAGCAUGUAUUGGAGAAUGUUUAUUUUAUAAAUGAAUAAGAUUCAUUCAAACACAUUAACUUGAAAAUAAGAGAGAAAUAAUGUUAGAACCAUUCUUGCUAAGUUUAUAAAUAAAUUAUUGUCAAUUGUCACAAAUUCGAUUUCAACUAUAGAGAAUUAAUCAAUAGAAUUAUAGGAAUCACUAAUAACUUUAAAAUUAUUGUUUUAAUAUAUAAUUCAAAUGGGGAAAUAGACACGCUAGGAACUUACAUCAUAAUGCCAAUUCAAUUAGAUAUGCUACUAUAAUACUUAUAAGGUUGA